AUGAUCCUCCUCGAGCCGCACAACUACAUCAUCCAACAAACCAUCAUCGAGAAACUCGAGAAGCCCACCGCGCUCGAUGUCUCAUUCGUCGAUUUCGACGGCGUGCGCUUUCGGCUGACGACGCCCGAGCGCAAGACGCAGUUAACGCUGAGCAUGAGCAUCCGAUGCUGGUCCGAGCUCGUCUCGUACGGUGCCCUCGAGCUGCUCAGCCGAGAAUACGGCUCCCUCCUCCGCUCAGCGCCCGAGCCAGACUAUGACGUCUCGCUUGACAUCGAUCUCGAACAAGUACCACCAGCAGGAGAAGCCCGCGACUCGUUCAUCAAGAACCUCUCGCUCCUCAAACGCAACGCCCUCGCCGCGCCCUUCGAGCGCGCGUUUGCUGAGCAGAAACACCUCGAGGAGUCUGGUGGCGAUAAGGGCGCGCUGAUGCAGGUUCAUUAUCGUGACGAGGAGGCUAUCUACGUUCAGGCUGCCCCGGAUCGUGUCACUGUGAUAUUCAGUACGGUGUUCAGGGAGGAGACAGAUAGGAUCUUUGGGAAGGUGUUCUUACAGGAAUUUGUCGACGCGCGCCGCCUUCCCCAGAUCCAAAACGCGCCCCAAGUCCUCUUCACGAACCGCGACCCGCCGCUCGAGAUCCGCGGCCUGCCCGGCCUGCGCGACUCGGACGACAUCGGCUACGUCACCUUUGUCCUCUUCCCUCGGCACUUCACCAACCCGCUCGUCGCGGCCGAGACGAUCAGCCACAUCACGCUGUUCCGCGACUACCUGCACUACCAUAUCAAGUGCAGCAAGGCGUAUAUGCAUAGUAGGAUGCGGCAUCGCGUCGCGGAGUUUCAGAAGGUGCUUAAUAGGGCUAAGACGGAGGUUGCGGCUGGCGGGGCGGGGGAGAGGAAGACUGUUACCGGACGCACCGUCGGCCGCUAA